UUAUGUAGAGCUUGAUGCGCAUGUGUUUGUAAAUAUUGAUUAGUAAACACAGUGUGUCGACUUCACAUGCGUGUUACUGAUGCUCACGUCCUUUGUGAUGGGAUAUAGCAUCAGAGGAGUCCUAUGCGGAGCAAAGCCAAUUGGCCUGUUUUUAUGGGAGAGCAAGGGAACGACGACCUGAAUGCAGUGCUCGUCGGGCAGCCGCUCUCCCUGGCUAUCCUCUUCACUCUCCUCUCCUCUCCUCCUCCUCCGCGGUGGUAAUCCUUGCUGACACAACGCACAAAGGACUAAAUGCUGGCUGCAUCCUCCAGCAGCAGGGCUCUCUCCUCUUCCUCCUCCAGCUCUGACCCAUUACAGCCAGGCUGUUUGCCUGGACAGCAGGACGCUGUUUCCGUAAGACUGCUUGCAACUGUAUAUCACCUCUCUGGAAUACCGGCCUGGCUGCCAUCCUCCUCCGUCCCCUGUAUCCCCUCCUCCUCCUUGGCCGGUUUAUUCAGGGUGUGCAUCGGAACAGAGCUUUAGCCCUGAGGAGGCGUUUUUUUAUCUCGCUGGAAGCCGGGUUUUUUUUUCUUCACCAUCUGAUGUAUUUAUGUAGCAGGAGGUAGGAGCUGCUUCCUAUCCUUCUCUAUUUUUGUCGGUCUUUCUAUUCACCCUACUGCACAUCACUGAACCAACAGUCACCCCUGAUCUGUUCCCGGAAAUACCCCUGGUGCCGUCCCUUCCUGCAAUAUUGUCGGCACGAGCCAGCUCCAUCCCUCAGAAGCCCCGGAGGCGCAGCAGCAGCGGAAGUGACAGCGCUGCCAGGCCCCGGCCGUCGCGCUCAGCCCCCAGGCCAGGCCCCAGCAGAGGCAGCAUGGAGGUGGGCAUGCGCGUGGUGCGUGGCCUGGACUGGAAAUGGGGAAACCAGGAUGACGGUGAGGGCCAUGUAGGAACUGUGGUGGAGAUCGGGCGGCAGGGCAGCACUACCACGCCAGACAAGACCGUGGUGGUGCAGUGGGACAGCGGCACACGAACCAACUACCGCACUGGCUACCAGGGUUCCUUUGACCUGCUGCUUUAUGAUAAUGCUCAAAUUGGCGUGCGUCACUCCAACAUCAUCUGUGACAGCUGCAAGAAGCAUGGCAUCAUGGGAAUGCGAUGGAAGUGCAAGGUGUGCUUCGACUAUGACCUGUGCACCCAGUGUUACAUGAACAACAAACACGACCUGAGCCACGCUUUUGAGCGCUACGAGACGGCACACUCGCAGCCAGUCAGCUUGGCACCAAGGCAGAACCUCCCGCGGAUCAUCCUCAAAGGAAUCUUCCAGGGGGUUAAAGUGGUUCGUGGACCUGACUGGGACUGGGGCAACCAAGACGGCGGGGAGGGUAAGGUUGGGAAGGUAGUGGACAUUCGCGGCUGGGACACAGAGUCUGGUCGCAGUGUGGCCAGCGUCACCUGGUCUAAUGGCACCACCAAUGUCUACCGAAUGGGCCACAAGGGCAAGGUAGACCUCAAAUACGUGUCUGACGGCCAAGGGGGCUUCUAUUACAAAGACCACCUACCGAAGCUCGGAGAGCACGCAGAGCUGCAGCGCCAGGAGAGUGCUGACGGCCACUCCUUCCAGCAGGGUGACAAGGUCAAAUGUCUCUUGGAGGUGGAUAUCCUGCGACAGAUGCAGGAAGGCCACGGAGGAUGGAACCCCAAAAUGGCUGAGUACAUUUGCCGGAUCGGGACUGUUCAUAGAAUCACUGACCGAGGAGAUGUCAGAGUCCAGUACAGCAACAACAUCCGCUGGACUUUCCAUCCUGGGGCCCUCACCAAGGUGAACACUUUUGGAGUUGGCGAACUAGUAAGAGUAUUGGAGGACAUCGAGAGUGUGAAGAGACUGCAGGCUGGCCAUGGAGAGUGGACAGACAGCAUGGCUCCUGUGCUUGGCCAGGCCGGGAAGGUGUUGAAAGUAUAUGCGGAUGGUGACCUACGGGUGGCAUUUGGAGGCCAGACAUGGACAUUCAACCCAGCGUGCCUCUCGGCCCAGAGUGUGGAGGUGGACGCCAACCUAAUGACAGCCGAGAACCCCAACGAAUCUGGAAGUACUGUCAUCUCAGUGUUGGAGAAGCUGCUCUCUCAGUCCACAGAGCAGGACAAUCCCAGCCGGCUGGUCAUUGAGGCAGCUCACGGCAGUGCCAACAAAGUGCGGGAGUUGGUGCAGAAGUAUCCUGACAAGGUGGAUAUAAAGAACCAGGGCAAGACUGCACUGCAGGUUGCUGCUCACCAAGGCCACAUGGAGGUGGUGAAGGCCCUGCUGCAGGCCAACAGCUCCAUAGAAGUCAAGGAUGAAGAUGGAGACACAGCAUUGCACUACACUGCCUUCGGUAAUCAGGCAGAGAUCACACGGCUGCUGUUGAACAAGGGAGCAAAUGUCAACCUUCUGAACAACUCCAUGUGCACGGCGCUCCACAUUGCCGUCAACAAAGGCUUUACCGACGUGGUGCGAGUGCUGACCGAACAUUCGGCUGACGUCAAUCUCCAGGAUUCAUAUGGGGACACACCGCUCCAUGACGCCAUUGCUAAAGAUUUCCGCAAUAUCAUCGAGAUCAUGGUCUUGGUGCCCAACAUCGACUUCACACAGCAGAACCACAGGGGCUUCAACCUGCUGCAUCAUGCUGCCCUUAAAGGAAACAAACUGGCCACAGAGAAGAUCCUGGCCAGAGCGCGGCAGCUGGUGGAUGUAAAGAAGGAGGACGGCUUCUCUGCGCUGCAUCUGGCUUCCCUCAACAACCACCGCGAUGUCGCCGAGAUCCUCGUCAAAGAGGGACGCUGCGACAUCAACAUCCGCAACAACCGGAACCAGACUGCGCUGCAGCUGGCGGUGACGCAGGGCCACAUCGACCUGGUGCAGCUGCUGGUGUCCGAGGGCGCCGACGUCAACAUGGAGGACGAGGACGGUGACACGGCCAUGCACGUUGCCCUCCUCCGCCCGCAGCUGGCCAAUGUUAUGCUAAGUCCCGCCGUGGGAACCAGCAGCACAGAGGAGAGCAGUGAGGGAUGCUCCACAUCGCUCUACUGCAGGCUGAGCGCUUCAGGUCUUCUGGGGAAUAUCGAGCUGAGUGUUGGCGCAGCUAUCGCUUGUUUUCUAGCGCAGGAAGGGGCUGACGUCAACUACGCCAACCACAAGGGAAAGAGUCCCCUGGACCUGGUGGCAGACAGCACCAUGCUGCAGCUCAUCAAGAGCUUUUCUGAGAAACACAGGUUGCAGCGUCUGCAGGCCCUCACUUGUGGACAGGGCCUGAGCAGCGCCAGCCUGCGGCGGGUCCACACUACGCCCAACACCAUGACCAACCUGGUUCUUCCCACGCCGCCGGGGCCCAGCGAAUGCCUCAUCUGCUCCGAGCUGGCUCUGCUGGUUCUCUUCUGCCCCUGCCAGCACAGCGUGGCCUGUGAAGAGUGUGCCCAUCGAAUGAAGAAAUGCAUCAAAUGCCAAGUCACAAUCACAAAGAAAAUUAGACAAGACCAAACGGAGGUGGACUGCAGCCCCGGCACCGAGAACUCAGAGCAGCACAACCUGCUGGAGCAGUUGCAGUCUCGCUACCGUCAGAUGGAGGAGCGAAUCACCUGCCCCAUCUGCAUAGACAACCACAUCAAGCUGGUCUUCCAGUGCGGACACGCCUCCUGCAUCGACUGCAGCGCCGCGCUCAAGACCUGCCCGAUCUGUCGGCAGACCAUCCGUGAGCGCAUCCAGUUAUUCGUCUGAGCUUUUCUGUCCUCUCGGCUCUGAAAAACCCCAAAUGGAUGUCGGAGGGGGCUGGAGAGAAGUGGGGGUGGGCAGCUAUUACAGUACCUUUGAAGACCCAGUGACCUAUAUCUGCCUGUCACACCCUCAUUCUCAUUCUCUCUCCUCCCCCCCCCAUUGUUCGAAUACUCACUCAGCCCAUAGGUUUCUUUACCAUAAGACGCUGUGUUACAUUGCUGAGAGUCCACUGUCUGUUACAUUUUGAGUAGUUUCCCUCUUGAGCAGUGCAGGCAGGAACAUGUCGAUAACCUAAACUUAAUUUUCGGCAUCAGAACUGAUGUUCCACUGAGACCAAUGGGAAGCAGACGAGGCGAAGUUGUGAGGUGAUGCUGCCACUUUAAGUACUUUGAUGGUAAGCUGGGAGAAAAAGGCCCCCCACCUAUUCUUUUCUUCGUUUCCACUCAGCCUCCACCUCGUGUAAUCUGUCCUAUCUUUGCUGCUUUAAGUCGAUGUCUGUUACCUAUCAUCCUCUCUGGCUGUCUGGCCUCCUCUGUUUACAAGGCUGCACAGAAUCAGUCCCCGUCUUCUCGCCCCUCAGCCUGUCCUGUGAAUUACGUUUGCUCUCAUUUGUACCAGUCUUUUAAUAAUCAGUGUUAGUCUCUGCAGAGGGAGUUGGUAUAACUAAAGGCUCUCUAUAUAGUCCCCAACCACUUGCCUGUAUGCAAGGGGAAAUACACACUAUAUAUGCAUGAAUAUAUGCAUAUUGUAAAGCUGAAAACGACUGUGUUGUCAUGGGUGAUUUGUCAUCGUUGUUUUAUUUCUCUCUGGUUACAUUUGUGGUUUUUAAUGUACCGAUCAGUAAAGGUUUUUAUUUAUGUGUGAAAGGUGGUAUUACUUAGUAAUGUCCUUUUUUUUUUUAGUUGGUGUUUUUGUUUCUACUGAACUUCACCCCAAGCCUAUGUCCUCUACUCAGGGUAUCAAAUCAUUGAAAACACUUGUGAUAUCCAUAACAGGUUAAAGAGCCCCACACACACACACACACACACACACACACACACACACACACACACACACACACACACACACACACACACACACACACACCAUUACAGAGCUACAGUGUAUCUGAUCAUUUUACUGGAGGGUCACUGAAAGAAAAGAUUAUUAAUAAAGUUGUGCAUAGUGAGUGACUCACAAUUCACUUUAUCAGCCUUUAAAAUGUCAUUCUCAUUAGUGAAAUUAAUGUUUGCAAAAAUAGUAUCUGCAACAAAACUGACAUGUUCCUCCAAAAUGUCCCAGAAAUAGCAGUCAGCUUAAAAACAUUAUGUUGGUCACCCUGUUUGUGUCUGAAGACCACAGUCUGUCUGUCAUGUAACUGGUAUAGAGACACCAACAAGCAGCAGAUACUCGUGUUUUGUUAUUCAUCCACCAGAUCUAUUGUAUAAUAUAGAAUCAGAAGGGCAAAAACAUGACAUUGUUGUGUUGCACCUCUAGUUCCACGUCUACCUUCCCAAUGGAGUCCUUUCAGAAGAAACCCCCCCCUUUCUUCUGGAUUGUACAUCUUCAUCCUUUUUAAUGUUUUGGUGUGUUGUUUUCUUGAAGGGCUUAUGCAUAUGAGAAAAAAAAAUCCUAUCUAUUUUAAUCGUUAUUUAAUUUAAUUUUCUAUAAUAAACUUCCAGAGACAGGAGUUUUUUUGUCUUCAUUAGAUCCCAAGGUUUGGGAGAGCCAAUGUUAAAGAUGUACAUUUGAAUGUCGGGGAAGAAAAAUGUAUCCUGUCUCACUCUGCCUUUUUUAUGUGUAAAGAAAAAAAGAUGUAAGAGAAGGAGCUGGAGAGACUGAGACGCGUUUACCACGAGUUUUACUUUGAGGAAAGAACUUUUACAUCUGUGCCAAAUCGCAUGAGGAUGUGCAUGGGCAUGCACGCCCGAAUUUAUCUAGACGCACUAUGCUAAACCCCUCCAAGCUCAAGUGAGGGUUCAGUUAUUCCAGCAGUGUGAAGUAAACUAAAAGCAAACAUUCAUAUUUUAUUUUGUUCAAAAUAAGAAGUGUUAUCUCAGCACAUUUGGUUACUGGUGAAGUUGAGCUAAUCGUGUUAGCCUCUAACUUUAGUUGUAGUGCUCUCUCAUGUUCUCAAUGACGAGUGAAACAACACUUACUUCUAAAAUAUUAUCAGUCCCAUAUUGUUUGGAGCUUUUUACAAGUAUAUAUAUUUGUAUUUUGUGAAACAUUAUCAAUCAAGGGACAAGUUUCUUACAGAAAUUUCAACAUUUUAAGGAUUGUCCAUUGGAGUUCUGUGUUGAUGGGUUUACAGGCAAAGGCAAUAAAGUUUUAGAAAAAUGGGGACUAUGUUUGAAUUCUUUCUUUGUCUCCCCCUUAAAGAGGUCGCUGUGAGGGCGGGAAACAAUUUAUGUUUAAGCAGCAAAUAUUAUUGGUGUUUGUACAGUUCAGCUCUUGGAGUUCUGAUGUUGGCCUUACUGUCCAUUCCUCCUCUGUUGAUGUUUUUUCAGUUUUAUUCUGUACAAAAAUAUUUUGCAAUAAAUAUGGAACUGUUUUCUAAGGA